AUGCAGGAUGUCGCACUAGAAAUCGUUCGCUUCAUUUCGGGUCCAAACGAUCUCGUCGCGUUCCUCGAAGCCGUGCGCCCGGUGGACCGCAGCGAAGUCCUCGACAGCCUUCGCGCGCUCAUGCUCGCGAUCCCUUCCGAGCGGCUCUGGCCGGAGCCGAUGCUCGACUACGCGUCAGAUGCCCUUCUAGGUGUCUUUGAGCGCACCUUACCAGCAUUUUACGCCUUGCGCAUCGGCAGCGACGUAGCAUUUCUUCGACCGCCGCUCCUUCGAUUGCCGCCGUCGACAGCCGUCAUCUUGACCAACGCGUCCGUCUUUUCCGAAGAAAUCGGUGACGUCUUCACGCCGUGGCCGACGAAUCUCGUUGAAAUGUCGCUCUUCUUGGCCUGCGACGUGGCCGACAAGGCAUCGCUCUGCAGGGCGUGGCGCGACUGUUGCCAGCUGCAGCGCGUCGAUGUCCAAUUUGAAUCGCUGAUCCAGACGCAACUCGACGCCUUCAUGGACGUUGCGCGCACAUCCUGGCCCUGCCUCCAGCACUUUUGUCUGAGCGUUGAAAAAGACGGCAGCAAUGCGAGCGCCGAGUUCGAGUCCAGCGACAGUGUCUGCGCGUGGGUGAUGCACACGUCAGCUACGUCGCUCGGCUUGUCCGAGAUGAGCUUUCCUGGCGCCACUGGUAUUGCACUCUCUCAAACAUUGUUCGACACCAAGACGGCGCUCACCUCGCUUGUGCUGGAGCAUGUCGAUGGGCUUGAGCCACCAUCGUCACUCUCGUCAAAUCUCAAGUCGCUUGUGUUGCACUCACUUGAGUUAACACCGAGCUAG